ACAGUGAAUGUGGAAAUCAAACUGGAGAGAAACUAUUUCAUCAUCAGCAGAUACUCACAAACAUCAGGUCAUCAACUUUAAACAAAACAAUUUGCAUUUCCCUUCAGGCUGUCGUGUAUUAGACAUAUUAUUCUUUUUUGUCUUUGUUGUUGAUCUUGUCAGGUCACGUUUGAUGUGGUUUAUCAUAAAUGUUUCCUGACGUCUGUUUCAAAAGUAUACGUUAUCAGAAAGUAAGUUAUUUUAUGGUCGAAAAGCAGACUCCCUUACAGAACUUUAUGAAUUCAUUUGAUUGGAUACUAAAGUUGUGCAUUAUGAAGAGUCUAUGAAUUGAUUAUCAUUGCACAGAGGAUACUCCACAUGGACUUUUUGUGGAGUUUUUAGUAUUGCUUAUGUGUGUGUAGCCGUGCGUCAUGUUGUAUUCAUUCAGGCUUGUGCAAUCCCACGGGGCAGUCCAUGUUGGGUCCAUUGGUACUCCCAGAGGACUACAGCUCGGCACAAACUCAAAGAAUACAGAGUUUGUUGGCCAAAAUGCAGUUGUCUUACAUCUUUCUGUUUCUCCAACUGUGGAGGAACGUGGACGUCUCUUUGUUGCAGAAUGCAUGUUCAAGGCUCCCAGAUGUUCCUCAUGCCCAAUUAUCAGAAAACACCAAAAAAGCUGAGUACCAAAAGGGAGACAUGAUACAGUUCACUUGUGAUACUGGUUAUAUAUCAGGUCCAACUAUCACUUAUAAAUGUAAUUCUACAACCGGAAACUGGACGGAAGUACGUAAAGCAAGUUGCUACUUAAAGCCAUGUGAACUUCCUGAUGACACUCCCAAUGGCUACUAUCAAAUUAUCAAGGGAGAAGAUUUGGUAUUUGGUACCGAAAUCAAAUAUGUUUGUAAUGAAGGAUAUCAAAUGGUGAGUAAGGUUGACACCAGGACUUGUAUGCUGGACAAAUGGACCAAUCAUGUGCCAAUAUGUGAUCCUUUGACCUGCGAGCUUCCACCCGUAGAUGAACAAAUUAUAGUAAAAGGUUUACCGGAAAAUGACGAUUCCAUACUUCCUGACCGCUUCCUCGAGUUCAGCUGUGUAGAUCAUGGGAAAUAUCUGAAUGGCAGUGCAUUGCUGAUAUGUGGAAAAGAUGGACAGUGGGAUAAUCCCUUCCCCUCUUGUGAAGACAUCACUUGUGAAGUUGCCGUGAUGCAGCCUCAUCUCAGUGUUACUGGACUACCACCAGGAAAAGAGAAAAUGAAUAUUGGACAUAAGUUGCGGUUUUACUGCGACCAUCAAUUUGCAAUAGACGGGUCUACAGAAAUUGAAUGUUUACAAACUGGGGAGUGGAAUGCGGCCUUUCCACUUUGCACUGAAAAAUGCAGAGUUACAGGAUUUUCAGACAGCGUGCACCUCAAAACAUAUGAAGAGGGCAAUCAACUAAGAAAAGGACAAAAGUUGAGUUUUUAUUGCCGCUAUAGAGGAGACUAUCUUCGAGGGAAGGCAGAAGUUGAGUGUUUAGCAAGCGGACAGUGGAGUCAUUCCUACCCAACAUGUGGAGAUCCUUCGGAUUGUGAGAUGCCACCACCCAUUGCAGAUGGAGACACAACACAUAGUCUUCUAAACAAAUACCGCCAUGGAGAUUGGGUUCAAUAUAGCUGUCAGAAUUUCUACAUCAUGGAGGGUUAUCCUUACAAAAGGUGCAUCAACGGGGAAUGGGAUGGACAGAUGACGUGUCUAAAACCCUGCACUGUGGACAGAGCGGCCAUGAACUCACAUAACAUUUCCUUCAGAUAUAAACAAGACAAUAAGAUUUAUUCACCCCAUAAUGAUCAUAUCACUUUCGUGUGUACCAGAGGAAAAACACAAGUCGGCACAUUGGAAAUGCGUCAGAGGUGUGUUGAUGGUGUGAUGCAACUGCCCACAUGCCAGUAAAGGCUUUUAGUUAACUGGAUGAAACAUGAGCUGGAUGGGCAACCAAAGUAAAGAGUUAGACCAGCGAUGUCCUGAUCCAGUGACUAUACUUCAGUGUGGUCGUUUUAAUAAAACAUAUAUUUCCACUUGUUUUCUGCCUCUAUUCGAAUGAUGAGAGAGUUUGUCCCAUCUGUAUGUGCUUAAAGGAACAUUUGAAUGAGCUGUUUUGGGGAAAACAUUUAUUCUUUCGAAGAGAAAAGAAAAACAUAAUAUCCAAUAUAUUAAUGCAGCACAAUAACUUCCACAACUUGGCCUCCUUCCCAAUAAAGACAAUGCCUGGUCUUAG